UCAUCAACCAAGACCCGUGAUAAUUACCAAGUAGCACAGAUAACGGUAAAAUACGCACUCCAAAAUUUCAUCAUCACGCCAAGAUACCUCAACACCACAACACCAACAAACAACACCUCUUCAUCGCAAGAGCGCAAACAAGCCUCAUAACGUCGUUAGAAAUGGCACCAAAAGAAACAAAGCAAAAACCCACCAAGAAAUCUCACCCCGGCGGAAAACCAAAGUUGGGACCAAAACCCCCAAAGCCCCAACCGCAGCGCAAACCACCACCACCAAAAGUCCAGACACCAAAACCACAACAACCACCACUCCCAACAACCACCCACCCCUCCGGCAACCUCCCUCCAAACUGGCCCUCCCACCUCCCCUACCUCACCACCCCGCUCUUCUCCCCCCUUCUCACCCCCUCGCACUACUCAGCCCUUCGCACCCGACCACCGCCCGACUCCAUCGAACCUCUCGACGAGUUACCGGCCGAUUAUGCUCCAGGACCAUGCAGCACCAAGGCAGUCAUUCUACCCAUUACCGAUAAGAGACAUCCAGCGUGUGGACAAGCGGGUCUGUUUGCGGCGAGGGAUCUGAGACCCGGAGAGUUUGUGGUGAGGUAUUUGGGGGAGAUACAUCCGGGAGGGGAGGAGUGGGGUGGGGGGUUGGUUUUUCCUGAGGUCUCUGAGGAGGGUGGGGGAGAGGGCGAUGAUGGGGAGAAGGACGGUGAGGAUGGGAAGAACGGAGAUGUGAACCAAGACCAAAAAACUGCGGACGAGGGCGAAGGGAGCAAAACUGAACCGACACCAGAAGUCAAAUACAACUACAAACAAUCCGACUACGACCUCUGGCUCGACCACGCCCUCGACCUCGCCAUCGACGCCGCGCGGUGCGGCAACGAAGCCCGUUUCGUGAAUGACUACCGCCGUGUUCCCAACCCUUCCUUCCCCCCUGGAUAUAAACCCCAGAGCAAGAAGGAAGAGUUGUUCAUGAAGAGACCGAAUGCCGAGUUCAAAGUGGUUUGGGAUCCGCCAAGACAGGAAAAGACGAUGGCGGUUUAUGUACUGCCGGCGGGAAAGAAGGCUGUGGGAAGGGCGAGGGAGGUCGGGGUGCCGAGGGGGGAGGAGGUGGUGGUUAGUUAUGGGAAGGGGUUUUGGGAGAAGAGGAGGGAGGAGGAGGAGGAAGGGGAGGGGAAGAACCGGGAGGGGGUGGAUGGGGAAGAGAGGGAAUGAUCAUCAGUGUCGAGAAGGUUGAGCAGGUCAGAUGCUAUCACUGUGCGCUGGCUUAUACCUUUAACCCUAACCCUCUCUAUGAGACUGAGAAGGGGGUUCAUGGGAUGUCUGAUCUGCUCAGGGGCAGGGGUCCCAAGUGAUCUACAACUGUGUAACGCAAUCUGCCGGUAGACUCGGUACAGAUCUGUUUCUGAUCUUCUAAGGCUGGUUUCGCUUCAGUUGUUGUACUAAACAUUUCUUUGCGAUUUUUCUCUAUGCGUCUUGGUCAACUUGCAGACACGACGUCUAGAGAAGGCUGCCAUGCUGUGGUUGGUCCGUCCAAAACGAGAACUGCCCAAUUAGCUGACAAUCGGUGUUUGUACGGCUCCUAAACUUGAUCACAUUCGAGAUGUCGAGCUCUUACAACGGCAGACUUGAAGCUCUCGCCAUC